GAGCAUUUAUGAGUCAGCAUGCGGACCUUCACUCCAAACCAUGCUUGUUCCGUCAGAGGGAUCAGUCAUGGAAGUGAUGCUGCUGCCUAUCCUUCUUGCGCUCCUCUCAGCGUUGCUAGGGGGCCUGUAUCUUCUGGGGGUGUUCAGACGGCGGAGGCCCGGGGAGCCCCCUCUGGACAAGGGUCUCUUCCCUUGGCUGGGCCACGUCUUGGAGUUCCGCAGGGACACGGUCAAGUUCCUGCAGAGGAUGCAAAGGAAGCACGGCGACGUGUUCACCAUUCAGCUGGGUGGCUUCUACGUCACCUUCCUGCAGGACCCCUUGUCCUUCGGGCCGUUUGUCAAGGAGAGCCGGGAGAAGCUGGACUUCAACAAGUUCGCCAAGCACCUGGUGCACAGGGUCUUCGGCUACUGGUCACCUCACAGCGAGCAUCACAUCCUGCAACAGUCCAGCAACAAGCAUCUGAAGGGGGACGGCUUGGAGGUCCUCACGCAGUCCAUGACGGGCAAUCUUCAGAACCUGAUGCUGCACAACCUCGGCAAAGAGGAGCAGGCCUGGACAGAAGACGGGCUCUUCAUGUACUGCUACAAUAUCGUUUUCAGGGCGGGCUACCUGUCCCUGUAUGGCAACGUGUCGCCCAAGUGCAAGGACGGAGAGGAGAAGGCCAAAGAGAAGGACAGGGUGGAAUCGGAGGCUUUGUUCUACAAGUUCCGUAAGUACGACCAGCUCUUCCCCAACCUGGCCUACGGCGUGCUGCCUCCCAAGAGAAGACUGGAGCUGCGGGGUCUCAUGGACUACUUCUGGGACGUCUUGUCGGUGCGCAAGGUGAAGACCAAAGACAACAUCAGCGGCUGGGUGUGGGACAUGCAGCGGGUGCGGGAGGAGAUGGGCAUGGACGAGGCCAUGAUCGACAGGUACAUGUUUCUCCUCCUGUGGGCCUCGCAGGGCAACACGGGCCCAUCCUCCUUCUGGCUGCUCCUCAACCUGAUGAAGCACCCGGACGCCAUGGCGGCCGUCAAGGGCGAGGUGGACCGGAUCGUGCUCGAGUCUGGCCAGCAAGUCAGGCGCGGCGGACCCUUGCUUAGUCUGACGCGCGAGAUGUUGGUGAAGGCCACAAUCUUGGACAGCGCCGUGGAGGAGACCCUGAGACUCUCCGCCGCGCCCCUUCUCACCAGGGCCGUGCUCCAGGACAUGACGCUGAAGAUGGCCAACGGCCAGGAGUUCAGCAUCCGCGAAGGGGACCGGAUGGGGGUCUUCCCUUACUGCGGCGUGCAAAUGGACCCCGGCAUCCACCCUGACCCGACCGCCUUCAAACACGACCGCUUCCUCAACCCGGACGGGAGCAGGAAGACAGAGUUUUAUAAAGACGGCAAGAAGGUGAAGUACUACACCAUGCCCUGGGGCGCCGGGGUGUCCAUCUGCCCGGGUCGCUUCUUUGCCACCAACGAGCUCAAGCAGUUUAUCUUCCUUAUGCUGGUCUACUUUGAGUUGGAGCUGCUGGAUCCCGGAAUGGAGAUCCCCGAAAUAGACGUCCGACGAUGGGGCUUUGGAACCAUGCAGCCCGUCGGAGACGUUCCCUUCCGAUAUAGACUCAGAUAUUAAAUGUGGAGUUUUACAGCAGCAAAUUGAAGACUUUUAAAAGGGCAAUGCAUUCAAAUUCAAGACCUAUCGUUCACUAAAUAUGACCAUAAUCUUUAAUCAAGACAUUUCAAGACAGUUUUCAAUAUCUGAAAUAAGCGUUAACAUGUUUUGUAGUCAUUGCAGACUAAUAACUAAGGGCCUGAUUUACUACAAUCCCAAAAACCGGGCACCUGCCUUUCAGACACGGACAUUUAAAGUCGCAAAAUCAGCCACCACAAAUUGUCUCAGGUUUGAUAAAUCAAUCACAUUGCAUGAACUAAAUUAAUCUAUUUGCAUCAACUCCUCUCAGUAUUUUAGAAACAAUUUUGCCUGUUUGACGGAUGCAAUUCUGGAUGUGCCCAAUCAGUAGAUCAGCUCCCAUCUGUUUUUUUGCGUGCACAAACCUUCAGUAAAUCAGGCCCGAAGAGUUUUCCAAUGGAAAUAGGCUUAUUGUGGUUUUUGAAAUUUUGAUUUAAGUAACUUAAUUAAGACCUUCCUUUUGGAACAUCAAAAUAAAGACAGCCUGUGUGAGCAACACUGCAUACUGAAUCAUAAUUUUCACCAUUAUAACGAAUGUAUUAGGCUACUUGUCAUGAAUAUUAAUUGGGUUAAACCGCUUCUACAUACAGGUGUAUUAACGAUUACACGCCAAAAAAAAGAGAUUGCAUUGAGUGGUGGUGUAAUACAUUUGUUAGGCAUUGUAUGUAUGGUGAAACUUCGCCAAUGUUUUAUUUGUAAAGAGUGCAACAGCUUGAAGUGAAUGUAAUGUAUAUAGAUAUAUACUGUAUAUAUUUAAAAUAUAUUGUUUUAAAUGACGGUCACAUAGGAUGAAAAUCAAAGUCUGGAAGGGAGCAACUUUGGGCAUGUACAGAGCUACGAAGGCGCACUUUGUGAUGAAAAACACGUGUGCGCAAGAAUGCUUUUCUUGCACAGUCUGGAAACACUUAACACACUCGACAGUAAAUCUAAUUUCCCCCUAAGUUUAAAGUGAUCGUGGAAGAAUAUAUUUAUUUUAAAAGUCUUUGAAAUUUCUGCAUUACAAGAUCAAACCUAAAACAAGUUGCAGUUAUGUUAAUAUCACAUGCUUAUCAUUUAAUCUGACACAAAAAUAAUAUCCCGUAUCGCAUAAUAUGUUGUUUUCCUUUUCUAUUUCUUUUCAGGAGGGUAUAGUAUGCUAUAAUUUUUUUGGUGGUAAAAUAAAUUCUUCCUAGCCUAAAACAUUAAAACUGUACGAAAACAACAACAACAAAAUUGAAACACAUGGCGCGCACACACACGCAGACACGUGCGCACGUGAUUCCGUUUGCGUCUUACGAUGAAGCAACUAGCGUCCAAUCAAGCAACCUUCCCCAUUCAGGUGAUGUAAACCACACAUCACUGUUGAGUUAGUCAUUAAUGCAGAAUGUCCAAACAGCCGUAUGGCCUCGAGCCAGGUCACUGACAAACAGUCUGUAUACAAGUCAGGCCUCUGUCACAAAAAAACACACCAUGUUACCGGCAGCUUUGGUCAUUUCUGAAAUGCUGAUCACAAACGUUGUUGAGUCAUUUAACAGGGUGUGCCUUGCUGUGGUUUAUACACUUAUUCAUCAACUUCAUACUCGGAUCGACAUCUUUUGAUGUCCGAUUUGUGAGGAAGGGAAACUUCAGAAAGACAUUUCCUGUCGUGUUUGAAAUUUGUACCAUGCCUCGCUCAAAAGAGGUCUUAAGACCUACCAUUAAAAAUUGUUGACUUGUAUAAAACUGGAAAAGUUUACAAAAGUACCUCUAAAGGUCUUGAUGUUCAUCAGUCAGCGAUGAGAGAAAAUGUCUAUGAAUGGAGAAAGUUCAGCACUGUUGCUUCUCUUCCAAGGAGACUUGGAAUUUCUUAAAUUACUCCAUAAAUUGGUUAUACCACCACACAAAGAAUUCUACGUUUUAACAUUUUUAUAGAGCAUAACGGAAACAUUUACUGGACAGAAAGCAACAAGUAAGUGAACCCUUGGAUCUAAUAAUUGGUUGACCCUUGAGCCUUUGGCAGAAAUAACCUCAACCAAAACAUUUGCUGUAGUUGCAGAGCAGACAUGCACAACGAUCAGGAUGAAUUUUGG